GUUGGUCAUUAAUACAAUAUACAAUUUGACAUCAAAAUCUUUUUUGAUUCGGAAUGGAUUAUUUUUGUAAUCUGUGUACCUGUCAGUUGCACGUGUUGUCGUGUUGUUUUAUAAUCUGUCUGUUCCCAAAAACUGUCAAUUGUCAAAUACCUGCUGUCAAAAGUUUCAAAACCACAUGGGGAUGUUACGCGUGUUUUUAAAUAAAGCCAUCGUAAAUAAAGUGAUAAUCUUACAGCUUUAAAUGUGACACUAUAUUACGAACAUGGCACACAUUUCAUACCCUUUUAAGAAAACAAGUAAGGCUGUUUAUCAAAAGCCGGCUUCUAUUGUUACUGAGGAUAAUAUUUAUUGGAAGAAGUUAGGAUCACCGGUGUUGGUGAAAGAGUUUGGUGCGAUUGAUUAUUUGGACUUCAGCCCUGUAGAACCCUAUUACUUCGCUGCAACAUGUUCAGUCAGAGUACAGGUCUAUGAUCCAAUUACAAAAGUAGUUGCAAAGAACAUCUCAAAAUUCGUGGAAGCUGCAUAUGGUGCUACAUUUAGAGGUGAUGGAAGACUCUUAGUGGCUGGAAGUGAAGAGGCAGCAGUGAAACUGUUUGAUGUCCAGUCAAAGAAUGUGCUUAGAGUGUUUACUGGUCAUACAGGUCCUGUGCACAGAACAUUAUUCACAAAGGAUCAUGUGAAAGUCCUGAGUUACUCAGAUGACAAAUCAGUUUGUCUAUGGGACAUAGCCACAGAAGAGAAAAUUGCUACUUUUGCUGAACACACAGACUAUGUCAGAGCUGGAGCUGCUAGUCCUAUCUCACCAGAUAUUAUUUUAUCGGGAAGUUAUGACCAUUCAGUUAAACUAUAUGACUGUAGAUCAAAUGAAACAGUACUUUCUGUGAACCAUGGCAGUCCUGUUGAGUGUACAUUAUUCCUACCCUCAGGAGGUAUAUUCAUCAGUGCUGGUGGCACAGAAAUCAAAGUCUGGGACAUCUUUAAUGGAGGAAAACAGCUGGCUAAUAUUUCUCAACACCAUAAAACUGUCACUACAUUACGACUGGCAAGUAACAACAGCAGACUGCUAUCAGCCUCCUUGGACAGGCAUGUUAAGAUUUAUGACAUAUCAAGUUUCAAAGUUGUUCACAACAUUGACUUCCCUAAUGCUGUAUUAAGCAUGGCUAUAUCUAAAGAAGAUGAUACUCUAGCAGUGGGCACGAUUGAUGGAAUCAUAUCCAUUAGAAAAAGAGAAAAGCCAGCGAAGCAAUCUUAUGAGAAAAGAGGUUUACUCAAAUUUGUUCCAGACCAUGUCCAAACUUCACUGUUUGAGGAGGAUAAGCAAGAUUUAAGUAAGAAAAUUAGUUUUAAAACACCAAAAGGUGCUGAAUAUGAUAAAUUCCUUAGAAAAAUGGAGUUCACGAAAGCUCUGUCAGCUGGUCUAAAAACAUAUGUGGCAACUAAAUUCCCAGAGAAGACAGCUGCUUUGAUACAAGAGAUGUUGAGAAGAAAAGUCUUACAUAUAGCUAUGGAUGGACUAAAUGAAAAAGAUAUAGGAACAUUAUUAAAAUAUUUUAAGAAAAAUCUAGGAGAAACAAGAUUUACCAGAGUAAUAAUAGAUGCAUCCAAUGUGUUUGUUGAUGUAUUUGAAGAUCAAAUUAAAACCUUUUCUGAAUUGAAUCUGUGGUUAUACACUUCUCUGAUGAAAGAGAUAGAAGAAGAAAUAGAAGUUUGUAAAAAAGCAAGUGAGUUAGAAGGAGCUAUCAACCUUUUAAUGGCCGGAGCACAAAUUAGUAAUGCCAGUGAUACAGUGGAUUUGAGUGAUAGUUUAGCGCCAUCAACUAAAGCAUUGAAAGAAAUUGUUAUUGAUGUUUAGUUUUAUUAAAUAAACCGAAAUGUUACAUAAAAAUGUUGAGUUUAAUUAACUAUAAAUAAUUUAGUCUUUUUAGAUCUUAAUGCCUUGAGUAUAAUAAGUAUGAGUUAUUAUUCCACUUACUAUAUUUCAAUAAGAGUUACAAAAUCUGAAGCCUCACCAAGAUCUAAUCAAAUCAGAUUUCUUGCAUUAAAAUAAGUCAGCAAUCUGAUCUCUCCAAAUUGCUAACGUUAUAAUAACUGCAAGCUACACUGAAAAUAUUCUAACAGUGCCUCGUUGAGUAAGUUAGUUCCAACCAAAUGUAAAACGUCGAGUUGUCAUACCAACGCGACCCUAAAUUAAACGAAGUUUUAUUAUGUUAUCGGACUUGGCAAAGAACAAAUUUUUUACAAAUGUACCUCGUGUGUUCAUAAGUUUUGAGACAAAUUAAUAGUUGCA